GGCUCGGUGCCGUGCCGUCAACAACGACAACAGCCGCUCGGACCGACAACAGUUUGACCGAGAGAGAGACAGAGAGCCUCCGAAAAUGGGUCUCUGUGAUUUAAUAGUCGUGGCGGCCUUAUGUUCCGUCACGUGGACGCAGUUCAUCCCUCCGUACACAGAAGAAUGCCGGACCGAGAUGUAUCCUCCAGCGGGCCCCACGUUCCGAGGAGCGGUCAGCUGGUACACGGUGGACCUCGACUCCCCGCCCAGCGACAGGUGGACGGCGAUAAUCGCCGAGAAAAAAACCGACCUGCUCGCCGUGAUCCAGGCCAUCAGAGACUUUGCCAACGCUUUCGUUCCAAGUGGAAGGCUGGUUGAGCUCGUUGACAUUUCACUGCCGUUGAUGGUGGAAACGCUUCCAAAGCCGUUCGGGGAGGAAAUCAAAGCAAUUUCAGCCGUUUCAGGAAUUCCUCUUGGUGAAGUCGUCCUGUACAACAUCUUCUAUGAGGUGUUCACUGUGUGCACGUCCGUAGUUGCAGAGGACCAUGAGGGUAAUCUAUUCCAUGCUAGAAAUCUGGAUUUUGGAAUAUUUAUGGGCUGGGAUGUAAAAAACAAAUCCUGGAUCAUUAGCGAGAAGCUGAAGCCUCUGGUGAUCAACCUCGACUUCAAGAGAAAUAACCAGACUCUGUUCAAGUCCACCAACUUCGUUGGAUACGUGGGCCUGCUGACUGGCGUCAAGCCGAACCUGUUCACGCUGACUAUGAAUGAGCGUUUCAGCCUCGACGGCGGAUACAUUGGAAUCCUGGAGUGGAUCGUGGGGAGGCGGGAUGGGAUGUGGAUGGGCUUCCUCAUGCGCUCGGUUCUGGAAAACGCAAACAGCUACAAGGAGGCCCAAACUAUCCUGGCUCAGACCAAGCUGCUGGCUCCAGCCUACUUCAUCCUUGGAGGAAACCAGACGGGCCAGGGCUGCAUCAUCACCAGGUCCAGACUGCUCAGUAUCGAUGUCUUGGAGCUUGACUUGGCCUUGGGUCGAUGGUACGUCCUGGAGACAAACUACGAUCACUGGAAUGAUCCUUUGUUCCUGGAUGACCGCAGAACUACUGCCACCAAGUGCAUGAACCAGACCACACAGAAGAACAUUGCACCAAAGACUUUGUAUGAUGUCCUUUCAACCAAACCAGUGCUAAACAAGUUGACGGUUUACACAACACUGAUGCAAGUGUCAGGGGGAAAACUGGAGUCGUUUAUCCGCGACUGCCCGAACCCCUGCAUGCCCUGGUAAUGCCUCGACUCCUGAUCAUGGGACCGAAGUGAGGUCAUUGCAGUUAACUGUUGGGUUCAGGUGAUUUGGUAGCUGUCCAAAGUUUGUCUUGACAUUUUCAGAUGUAAUAUUUUGCUCAAUGACUAAUUCCUAUGUUCUCACAUGAGUGACUUGAACUGUAAAUAAAACCUUGUUUAUUCUA